CAUCAACACUAGCUCCACCUGAGUUGAGGAGAGAUAGAGGUAGCUGCCUCAGUUGACUCUCUUACUGAGUGCCACGCUGGUGCUGGUCCACACCUGGCCCACACUUGGCCCACACCACCUCCCACCUCACACACACAUGCACGCACGCACGGACACCCACACGCACUCACGGACGCAUAUGUACGCCCGGACACGUGGAUGCUGGUUCUGCAAGCCUCCCAUGGAUCUUUCCUCUCCUGCUACUGCUUCUGAGGUGACUGCAAGACACGUGAGGUUGGGAGCGUCCUGCAUCUAAAGAACAAGUAAAUACUGAGGAAAUGGUGGUUAGCAAGUUACACACGCAGUUUGAAGAGUGGGUAUGAGAGGGCCCAGAAGUGCUGUGUGAACGUCUUGGGGGCACUGGAGAAACGGGACCAGGAACUAGAACUCAACCGAGCCUAACCACAGUUAAGUUGACAAUGGUGGUGACACUACGGGUGAGGCUGCAGGAGACUGCUACACUGCUCCUGUACCAGCAGGAGAACACUUCCGUCUGUACCCUACACCCGGAGGCCCAGGAGUACAUCAGAGAGUGGAACACCUAUACCCAGAAGCUUGGGGGUCAGACUGUGAGGACAAGAGAGGUCACCUCUCAGACCUUACUGAAGUACAACGUCGACAAGACCACUCAGAAGUCAGCUGUGCAGUUUAAGGACACGGGCAGCUGGGCCACGCAGUGGGACAUGCACGAUGAAGCUGAGAAGAUGAAACUGAGGGGUCGACCCAGCACCAGGCUGACGGAGAGUAUGGCGCGAAGACGAUCCCAGCCAGCUCUCUAUUUCUACACGGGCGCCAGCACUCCACCUUGUCAGCCAUAUAAAGAAUAA